UCCCAUCUCUCUGUUGCUCUUUAUAUGUUCACUUUCUCUGUCUAAAUCUCUCUCUCUCUCUCUCUCUCUAUAUACAUAUAUAUAUAUAUAUAGAUUUGGGCUGAUAUAUGCAGCUCUCUCUCUCUUUCAUGGAAGUCAUGCCAUGUCCCGUGACACCAAAGUCCCAACCCAAACUGAGCUCCACAAAAUCAAGUUUCUUCGUAAAAUAAAUAUUGGAACUUUCUACAUUACUUCUUCUUUUCUAUCAUGAGCUCUCAGUUUCUCUCUCCUGCCCUCUAAACCAUCACACACACUUUCUCUCUCUCUCUCUCUCCUGCCCCUGAACCAUCACUCUCUCUCUCUCUAUAGGACAAGAUAUGCAGUCCCCUCAGCCCCUCCGAAACGGCGGCGUCGAGACUCCGUCGCCUCGACCACGAAUCCAAGCUCACUUCCAGUCCACCGUGUCUCUACAGAAGCUCCGGCGAUUCAACACUUUGAUUCUCGUCUUUCGACUCGCCACUUUCUGCUUCACUCUCGCCGCCGCGAUUUUUAUGGUGACGAAUUCUAGAGAUUCCAAUCCGCCUCACUGGUUCGACUUCGACUCCUUCAGAUUUGUCUUUGCUGCGAAUGCAAUAGUCGCUAUAUAUUCGCUCUUCGAAAUGGGAGCUUCUGUUUGGGAGAUUUCUCGAGGAGCCACUGUUCUUCCCGAGAUGCUUCAAGUCUGGUUCGACUUCGGCCACGAUCAGGUGUUCGCGUACCUGCUACUGUCGGCGAGCUCAGCGGGGACGGCGAUGGCUCGGAAGCUGAGAGAGACGCCGACGUGUACGGCGAACAACGCGUUCUGCGUUCAGUCCGACAUCUCCGUCGCCUUGGGAUUUGCCGGAUUUUUAUUCUUAGCCUUCUCUUCUCUGCUCUCAGGUUUUAGAGUCGUCUGUUUCGUAAUCAACGGCUCUCGUUUUCACCUCUAGACAGACAAAAACAGUGUGUGAGCUACAGAAAAUGUGUGUGAGAAAUUUUUAGAGGGGCGCAAUUGCAAUUUGAAAGAUUUAAAAAUUUUCAUUUUGUACCUUAAAAAAUUAUAUUUUUUAUAUUAUAUUCUCAAUAUAUUAAAAACAAUAUAAUCUUUUUAUAAGUUUUCGUUGCUUAUUUCCUCGGCGUAAAAGACAGUGGUUUUUGACGGAAUAAGCAGCGAAAAACUAGAGUUAAAUACUUUUAAGGUACAAAAUAAAAUUUUUAAAACUUUUUGGGGGUGCAAAGUAAGAUUUCUCUCUUUUCUGUGUGCCGUACUCUGCAAUAUGGACCGAUUUGAUACGGUCUCUGAUUUGUGUGUUCUUUUGGGUGUUGUGUGUGUGUUUUGGUGUCUCCCUUGGUAGUAGUGUACUAUUGUGCAUAUGAGUUUAGUGAAUUCUUUAUUUUGUCAUUGUAUUGCGUACCCACUUACACC